AGGCUAUGAUAUAGCCACUCGAACUAGGCCUAAUUAAAAUGUUGCACUUAUGUAGGCAUUUAAGAAGAUGAUGCACGCUUACCGGUAGGCUAUGUCUCGUAACUGGGUGACGUCAGCUCUAACCAUCGACGAUUAAAUGUGCAGGUGAACACGGGAUAAACACAUGAACCAAAAGCAAGAAGGGAGGAGGGCAAAAUUAUCUGGCGAACAUAAUUUCUGAAUGGGGGGAUGAAGAUAUAUUUACGGAUAAAUGGCGUGCUAUGCUAUCGCACUUAACCGAUAUAGCUGCAUCAGGAGGUAUAGCCUAAAUUGCCUAUCAAAUAAUAACGGGAUGUCUCUCGCGAUAUAUUUCCUCCCAUCAUUGUUCCUCCGCUCGAUAGUCCAUGUUGGCGCCAAUGGAGUGACCCAAUUGAACUAGUAUAGAGAAGGCUACUGUGGAGAAGUAGGCUAGGCGACAGCAAUACAUUAACAAUACACCCACAUGUGGCACUGGUGACUUAACGGGCACCCGAGAAACAACACCUGAAUUUUUUGUUUUUCACUGUCCCGCGAUCGUGUGACAUGACACGUAGGACAUGAUCGAAUCAAGCCGUUGGGGCAAUUGUAGGAGGUGCGGUAAUAACCUGGCAGGAGGGAAGCUUCAUGCUUGGAAGACGUUUGCUUUUGGAGGAUCGUAUUCAUACAUGAGGCUUGAGUUGUCAUGCGGGGCGGCCCCGACUCUGGACCCCCUGAUUUUCGUAGUCUCGGACAGAUCCCGAUGCUCACGGUCAAAUCGUUGCUUGUGAGGAACAAAAUAAUGCCUGCGGUGAACGUUACCGGAGAAGCGCCCUUACUGAACGGGGACAGAAGAGAAGAGCAGCGUCCCUGUAAACAGUCCCUUCCCGGGUCCCUAUGCCGAGAGUCCCACUGGAAGUGCCUGCUCCUCACGCUGCUGAUGUUCGGCUGUUUCGCCACGCUGGGAUGGUGCUCCUUCUCCCGUGUCACCGUCAUGGCUGCCGAUGAACACGGCCUCUACUACGGCGUCCGCGCCCGCCUCUACCAUGACAGCCCCUGCUCCAACGGCUACGUCUACAUCCCGGUGGCCUUUCUGAUCAUGCUGUACCUGGUCUACCUGGUGGAGUGCUGGCACUGCUUCUCUAAAACAUCCUCUCUGGCCCGGGUGAAGAUCAGCAAGGUGUACAACAGGGUCCAGAGGCUGCAGCAGGCCAUGCCCUGUAUCUGGUGGAAGGCCAUCAGCUAUCACUAUGUGAGACGGACACGGCAGGUGACUCGAUACCGCAAUGGUGACGCUUACACCACCACACAGGUGUACCAUGAGCGGGUCAAUACACACGCAGCCAGCUCUGAAUUUGACUAUGCUCAACAUGGUGUAAAGGAUGUAUCCAAAGAGCUGCUUGGCCUUCUGGAGCACCCGGCUGUACGCCUUCGUUUCACCAAGUGUUUCAGCUUUGCCAGUGCCCAUGCCGAAGCCGCCUACCUCACUCAGCGCGCACGCUUCUUCGCAGAGAACGAGGGUCUGGAUGACUACAUGGAGGCACGGGAGGGCAUGCACCUGAAGAACGUGGACUUCCGUGAGCACAUGCUGGCCUUUCCUAACCCGGCGUGGCCGCCCUGGUUCUCUCGGCGGCGCAUGUAUUGGCUGAUCUCAGCCCUGAUGUUGUCCUGGCCACUACGGGUGGUGUCAGAGUACCGUACGGCGUAUGUUCACUACCAUGUGGAGAAGCUGUUUGGUGAGAACGAGGAAGUCAAUGACAAUGACAGCACUGAGAUGGGCAACUACCGCUUAGGCCAGGAGAAUGGGCAACGCGGUGGCCCCAGAUUACGUGUCAUAUCGAGGGUCAACACUGUGGAUAUCACUGAACUGGAGUGGCACAUUCGCUGUAACCAGCAGAUGGUGCCCAGUUACUCAGAGGCCUUGCUGAUGGACCUGAACACCAAUAACACAACCUCUUUGCCCUCUGCGUUUACCGGGGCAACACAUGUCCAUAUGAGGCAGAGCUCCAGCUACGUCCUACAGAGCUGCCCACACUGCUGCAGGUCCACCAGCAGCUCCUCGCUCCCCUCGCGAGUCAGGGGAAAUGUGGUAAUGGGGGCAGGAUCUUUGACAUAUGGGACCGUGGGAAGGAUGGAAGGAGGAAGGUUAGCCCUCAGCCGCAGUGGAUUCUCUCUGGGCCGUUUGCACACAAUGCGCCAGACCUGCCUGUUUCACUCCCGGAGCCUUGGUGCAGGGAUGGGGAGUAGAGGGGAUGAAGGUGGUGGGUUUCUGGGACUGGGCCUCCGCCGGGCUAAUGAAGAAAGCAGAGGGGUCCUGGAGUCAGAAGGAUAUGAAGUGGACGAGAAUAGUCUGCAGCUAGAGGAGGAUAGAGAGCAGGAACUAGAGAGAGUGAGGACCGAGAUCAUGCAGGGAGUGGCAUGUGUGACAGAGACACCACCAGCCUAUCAGGAAGCUCUCCACUUACCUGUGUUGAUUGUCCACGGUGAGGAGAGCUGUCAUGGAGGGGAGGACCUUGACGCAGGAUAGUCACUGUGAUUGGUGAAGGUGAUGUACAGUAGAGCAGAUAUGCAAAUCUGCUCAGGAUAAUGCAAGAAAUUAGAGAGAGGAGAGGAGAAGAAAACAGGGACGGAGGAAGAAUGUGUGGCGAUAUCAAAAGGGUUGUUAAAGAGAGGGGUAUGGAAGGAGAAAGAAAACAAAUGGAAAAAUCAUGCUUUCCAGACCUGCGAGAAAGCAGUACUGUAAGUGAAAGAUGUGUAGGGAAACAAAACUAUUGUGUCACAGUAGAUUAAAUGACAGUUAUGUAGUUGCUCUUCCUAAAGAGACAGUAAUAUGUGUGUCCCAUUGUCCACAAUGAACAACAAUCGCUUUGUAUCUUUGUUCAUUAAUGUAUGGAAGUAUCAAGGAGCUGCUGAGUUAGUGCUUAACAUCAGGAGUAGUUCAUUUUUCACCAAGCUAUUAGAUUAAUUCAAGGGGCACUGUAUAAUGUGUAAACUUACAGAACUCCCUGUUAGAUGCGGAACAAAACUCUAAUGCCAAUAAAAAAUAAGCAAUUACCAUUCCACAAAGAGAGUAUUACCAUUCCACAAAGAGGGUAUUACCAUUCCACAAAGAGAGUAUUACCAUUCCACAAAGAGUAUUACCAUUCCACAAAGAGUAUUACCAUUCCACAAAGAGAGUAUUACCAUUCCACAAAGAGAGUAUUACCAGUCCACAAAGAGGGUAUUACCAUUCCACAAAGAGAGUAUUCCCAUUCCACAAAGAGUAUUACCAUUCCACAAAGAGUAUUACCAUUCCACAAAGAGUAUUACCAUUCCACAAAGAGAUUAUUACCAUUCCACAAAGAGAACAUUACCAUUCCACAAAGAGUAUUACCAUUCCCCAAAGAGUAUUACCAUUCCACAAAGAGUAUUACCAUUCCACAAAGAGAGUAUUACCAUUCCACAAAGAGGGUAUUACCAUUCCACAAAGAGAGUAUUACCAUUCCACAAAGAGAGUAUUACCAUUCCACAAAGAGAGUAUUACCAUUCCACAAAGAGAGUAUUACCAUUCCGCAAAGAGAGUAUUACCAUUCCACAAAGAGAGUAUUACCAUUCCACAAAGAGGGUAUUACCAUUCCACAAAGAGAUUAGUACCAUUCCACAAAGAGUAUUACCAUUCCACAAAGAGUAUUACCAUUCCACAAAGAGAGUAUUACCAUUCUACAAGGAGAGUAUUACCAUUCCACAAAGAUAGUAUUACCAUUCCAGAAAGAGAGUAUUACCAUUCCACAAAGAGUAUUACCAUUCCACAAAGAGAGUAUUACCAUUCCACAAAGAGUAUUACCAUUCCACAAAGAGAGUGGUUCCAUUCCACCAAGAAUAGUAUUGCCAUUCCACAAAGAGAGUAGUCCCAUUCCACAAAGAGAGUAUUACCAUUCCACAAAGAGUAUUACCAUUCCACAAUGAGAGUAUUACCAUUCCACAAAAAUAAUAUUACCAUUCCACAAAGAGUAUUACCAUUCCACAAAGAGAGUAUUACCAUUCCACAAAGAGAAUAUUACCAUUCCACAAAGAGUAUUAGCAUUCCACAAAGAGUAUUACCAUUCCACAAUGAGAGUAUUACCAUUCCACAAAGAGUAUUACCAUUCCACAAAGAGAGUAGUCCCAUUCUACCAAGAAGAGUAUUGCCAUUCCACAAAGAGAGUAGUCCCAUUCCACAAAGAGAGUAUUACCAUUCCACAAAGAGAGUAUUACCAUUCCACAAAGAGAGUAUUACCAUUCCACAAAGAGAGUAUUACCAUUCCACAAAGAGAUUAGUACCAUUCCACAAAGAGUAUUACCAUUCCACAAAGAGUAUUACCAUUCCACAAAGAGAGUAUUACCAUUCCACAAAGAGAGUAUUACCAUUCCACAAAGAGAGUAUUACCAUUCCACAAAGAGAGUAUUACCAUUCCACAAAGAGUACUACCAUUCCACAAAGAGAGUAUUACCAUUCCACAAAGAGAGUGUUGUAAUAAGAUUUGAUAUUACUUUUAGAUGUAAAACAAAUAAUCAAUUUAGCCAAUACACUAGUCGUGAUGAGGCUUAUGUCACCUACUCGCCUUCCUCGAGAACAUGCAGAUCGAGAGGCCAACAAUAUUGUCCAUGAUAUGACAUCAGAGCUAUAGUAAAUCAUAUUUUAAGAGUUAAGUGCACAAUUUUGCAUUUUAUGCUUUUAAGAUUAUCUCUUUAAUAAAUAAAAAAUCCCUCUCAGCAAUUUGCCCUUCACCACAAUUCAAAAGGGCUUUUCCCAUGUCUCAGUUCUGCCCAAUGUUGCAAUUAUACAUCAUGAUCAAGUAUGGAUUUAAUGCAGUAGAGUACAUACUCACACUAACACUCACACUACCCCAACCCCCCACCCCUCACUCAGCUGAUGCCAUUAGGAGCACCAUAUGUGAUCGAUGCUCGGAAGGCUUGGGACCAUAGCCAAAAACUGAGCAUGCUAAGACACACUAUACAUCAGCAUUAAAGGUCGACCGAUUCAUCGGAAUGGCCGAUUAAUUAGGGCCGAUUUCAAGUUUUCAUAACAAUCGGAAAUCGCUAUUUCCGAUUAG